AUGCCUCUACCGGCCGCCUAUUCGCCAAAUUAUUUUUCGUUGGACGACAUUUUGGCGACGCAAGAGAGAGCACCAUGCAAAUUUGCUGUGAACGUUCCAAAAAUGGGUGUUUUAAAUCCGUCAGCAGAAGAAGUAGACUUAAAAGCGGGAACAGAUCUGGAGCUGCCAAUGUGGCUGGUAACGGAAAUGGCUGCAGGAAGACAGCCCAUAGUCAAUCCCGAUCUUCCCAAAAUAUACAGGGAAGCGUAUCGAGAGAUACUCAAAGCUGACGCUUCAGCGGUGGAUUUACACAAAUUUAAUUUGUAUUUUUACGAGUUGGGCUCUUACGCCAAGAGUUUCGAUGCCAAGGGAGAGGUGCAAGAUGUCCUGCUGCAUACAUUUAAAACCCGCUUUCGGCACAUUAUGGAUUUAGCUGACAACUCCAUCUCUGAUCCGACGGUUCAGCAGAAGUUGGAUUUUUUGGAGAGAAGGAUUUUUGAAGAUGGCCACAAGGCUAAAGGUAAACUUAACGAUUGGUUAUGGGUAACAUCGUCCACCAUGGAGGCUGCUAAUAUGGUAGUUAACCACAAGAAAAGGAAAAGGGUUGAUUUGGAUGAAUCAGGGAAUUUUAAUAAAUAA